AUGACAGGUGCACUGGUGCCACAGAGGCAGGGACUGUGGAUUAUUUGUGUGGUUUUGAUCACUGCAGCUGGAGAGGACAUUCCUUGUCCAAAUGGUGGUCAGAUCCACCUGGCCAGCCGGCGAUGCUAUUGGCUCUCUGAGAUGACAUUGUCAUGGCCUGAGGCACAGGACUCAUGCAGAGAGACCGAGGGAGGAGAUCUGGCAUCUGCUGACAGCCUGGAGCUGCAGAACUUCAUCCAUUAUGCUUUCCCACUGACAACCACUGUGUGGGUGUGGCUGAAGGGAUCAGGGGUAGAAGGGUCUGACCAGGUGGGGGUUGUGGAGCCAGUGAGUCCUGCAUGGUGGACUGGAGGCAGUGAGAGUCAGAGGGGGUGUACUCAGAUGGCCUUAGGGACACAGGGACGAUGGAGGAAGGCUCAGUGUGCUGGACGAUACCUUUUCUUCUGUGGAAAAGAAGUAACUGUUUCUUUACCAUCUGAGGACAGUUACCUGACUGGAUUGGUGCUCAUGACCGGCAUCUAUGCUCAGACCCAGAUACACCCCUUUCCCAAGGUCCCAGACAUCGGACAACUCCCAGUGGAGAUGCAGCUGUUCCCAGGGAUGUGGUUCAGUCAUGCAGGUCAGCUGGAAUCAGUAGAGCUGGUAGUCCAGCCCAGUCCAGUGUCCUCUCAGGCCCGUGUCCAGAUCCUCCGACCCUACUGCAACCCCAACCAUCACCUGGUUCCUCCAGGCUGCAGCUCUCUCCUUAAUCCAUUCACGUGCUGCUCAGCGGUACCUCUGUGUAACACCACAGGGGGCUGCAGCAUGGGCCAGUACUGGUGCCACCUGCUGGAGACCUGUGUGCCCACCACCAGUCCCUGCAGCCCCUAUGACUCUGCAGCAGAAGGCCGUGGCUUUACCUUACCGCCCAGAUACCUUGCAAUACCACCCUUCUACCACCUGGUGGCUGACCUGCCUCUGAGCGUUAACCCGAGCUCUGAUUUAAAAACUAUAAGUUUGCUUCUUCCAGAUCAAGCGAUCAUGGUGUACCCUGAUGAUAUUGUGGCUAUACAACACACUCGCGACCCUGGAACAUUCCUCCAUUGCCUGAACAGUGAAGCUUCUCUAAACUCUCCGUGGCGCCAGACUUACAUGUCCCUUAGGAGGACGGAGUGGGGAGGCUGGUGGGAGGGAGGCGUCACUUCUCUACCCCAGGGAGGCCAGUGGGUGGACGGAGUGGUGUGUAAUCUGAGGAUGCUGUAUGUGGACAAUUUACACAGAGGUACUGAGCAUGAUUAUAACUUUGGCUUCACCAACAGAGAGACAACCACAGCUCCAGAUAUUUGGGCCCUGACAACUCAGAGUCUGAGAUCUAAAUUUGGACUUAACGUCAUCCACCCCGUGCCAGAUGAAAAGAACCAGAUUCAUGUCCAAGUCAACGUCCCAACACUAAUUGUUGUCAAGGUCCUGUCUGGGGAGAAAGCCAGCAGCUCAUGGUCAGCCCCAGUUCUUCAGACUGGGGUCCCCUUUUUUCCAUCUUGCCCCAGAGAGAUGGCUCAGUCUGUGCUUGGCUGUAAGAGACAGUCCAGUGAUGCCUGGUUCUCCUCUGUGACCCUGGUGUUGCCCUCAGUGGGAGUUCAAACACUGAACAUCAGCGUGAUGGAUGCAGUAAGCUCUCGGAGUGUGAGUGUGAGGGUUUUUGGCUAUGAAGCAGUCACAGGGCUUAGUGUUGAGCCACAUGGAUGCCGGAGAACUCUUGUAGACACUCCACAGUCAUUUAGAGCCAAAGUGGAGAGCGGUUCCUCAGUAAAAUUCAUGUGGGUGAUUGACGACCUGGAGAAGUUUGCCCAUGAGGGAGAAUCUUAUAGUGUGGUGUUCAAGAAACCUGCUGAGUAUAAGCUCAAGAGUCAAGAAAUCCUCCUGUCUGCUGAUGAAAUGACCCCAAUGGCUGAGCCAGAGUUCCUGUUAGUCAGGGAGGUCAUAGCUGUGGGUGCUACACACCUCUACACCCUCAGGGUCAAAGUGGAUAUCUCAAUGCCUGUCACUUUCAGAUGGGAUUUUGGGGAUGGCAGUAGCAAGGUGUUCCAUAGCCAGUCUGCUCCCUGUCACACCAUGGAAGGGCUUAUGAAGGGAGGAGGGAAGCAAGUGUAUGUCCAGGACUCAGUGAACUAUACCUUUUCCAUCCCAGAUGACUACACACUUCAUGUCCAAGUCUCCAACCAAUAUGACAACACUGAAGCAUCCAUGAAGAUAAGUGUCCGCCCACAAUUAAAUCACCUCCUCAUUUCCUCUUCCCUUCCGGUGCCCCUCGUCAAACAGGCUUUCCUUCUGGAAGCUUCUGCAGAGCCCUCCACCUAUGCUAUCAUCUACACAUGGGACUUUGGAGAUGGCUCUGAAGCAGUCCAAGGUGUCCACCAUAAAGUCAACCACACUUUUACAUCUGCAGGAGUUUAUAAUGUCACAGUGUGUGCCAACAACACUCUUACAGUCCUGACUGCCUGGCUCAUGGUGGAAGUUAUGGAGAAAAUCUCCGGAUUGAUGGCCAGCUAUGAUGGACCCAGUGAACUUGGCUCUGCUACAGUUUUCAGAGCUACAGUGGCCACUGGUACGAGUCUCAUGUGGAAAUUUGAUUUUGGUGAUGGGGCCCUUCAGGGAAACCUCACAGAUGGUACCAUCUCCCACAUCUAUAAGUCACCAGGGAUCUAUACAGUCAAUCUAACUGUCUGGAAUUCUGUCAGCCAAGCUCAUCAGUCUAUGAGUGUAGAGGUCUAUAAGUUGACUGUUAGUAGAGUUCUCCCUACAGAAUGUGUCAUGAGUGGAAAAGACAUACCAUUUACUGCUCUGGUGAGUGGGAACAUAUCCAGUUUGACUUUCCAUUGGCUGUUUGGAGAUGGUUCACCUCUGACUGAAGUGAGGGGGCAGUCAAUGGCCAUGCACAAAUUUCAUAGCCAAGGAGUUUUUCAUGUAAUUCUGACUGUGUUUAGUUCUAUUACAUCUGUAUCAUUUAAUACGACUAUCUGUGUUGAAGCCCCAAUAACCAACAUGACAGUGCAGUCAUCACAGGAAGUAGUGGCAGUAGGAGAAGAGGUAUGCCUCAGGGUGUUAGUUUCCCCUGUGCAGAUGAAAGGUUACCAAUUUAAGUGGUUUAUCAACCCCUCUGGUCUCACUGCUGUGACAGAAAACACUCGCAAGUGUUUUAUCUUUAAAGAGGAAGGUGUUGAAGAGGUAUCAGUAACAGCAAGUAACAAAGUCAACAACAAAACAGCCAGCGCUCGUAUCACCAUUCAGAACCCUGUAAGUAAGCUGUCUGUGGCACAUGAUAGCCAAAGUGGCACACUGACAAUCAAUACGUUAGCAUCAUUUUGGGUUGCUAAUUGCACUGGCAGUAAUGUUUCGGUGCUGUGGGAUUUUGGAGAUGGAUCCUUGGUGGAGCAGAAGCUAAACGUGUCACACAUGUUUACCUCGACAGGUCAGUUCACAGUCACUGCCACAGCAUUUAAUGCUGUUAGCCGUGAUUCUGUGACCCUUAAAGUUAACGUUUUACCGUCUAUUUCAGACCUUUCACUUCAUACAAAUCAGCCGUAUGCUGUAGUAGGAGAAGAAACUCUUAUCUCAGCAAUUAGCAGUGCCAUCAGUAGCACCAGCUAUUACUGGACUGUGGAUGGUAUGACCUCAACCAAACAGGGGACUUAUCAGUUUAGGUUUGCUUUCCUGAAAGCAGGAGUGUAUCAAGUGAGAGUUAUAGCACAGAACUUGGUGAGUAGAAAGGAGGCAGCUAUUUUAAUUGAGGUCUUUGAAAGAAUAGAGGGUCUUCAGAUUGCAUGUCAAAACAUGACAAACACGAAAUAUGUACCGACGCAAGAGGAACUGAUGUUUAUUGCUUCAAUCACCAAGGGCUCCAAUGUCACUUAUCACUGGCUUGUGUCACAGAGCAAAAUAAACCAGCAAAUUACUGGUGAUGGAGAGCUUUUUCAUAUUGUAGCUGAAGCUCCCGGCAGGAUUUCAGUUCAGCUAAGAGCUUUGAACAAGUUGGGCGAGGCCAAAAGCAUAAUUUCUUUAGAGGCAGUACAGCGUGUAACAGGUGCACACAUUACAACACAAUCAAACAUUGUGGCAUCAGGGAAAUUAGUGAAUAUCUCUGUGUCCGUGGUUACUGGGUCAGACUUACAGUACCUUUGGUAUGUGGUAUCUGAUCUUUCACCCCUACAAACACACAUGCCCUUUUUUCUCCACACUUUUACAAGUGUUGGACAUUGUCUUGUCAAAGUUUCAGUUCAGAAUGUGCUCAGCCACAGCAAUGUCACCACAGAGUUUAAUGUUCAGGAGGAGGUCCAAGAGGUGGACUUUGAAAUUGAAGGAAAGAAGCAUCCAUUUUAUGUCACCACAAGUGCUGCCGUUUACCUCCAUGGGCGUAUUCAGAGGGGUAGUGAUCUGCACUGGAACUGGAAAGUUAGAGGUGCUAUGCCUUUUAGUGCUACUAAUCAGACCUGUAUCUACACUUUUCCAAGUGCAGGCAUCUAUCAGGUGUCUUUGAAUGUCUCCAAUGGGAUAAAUUGGCAGAUGGUUUCACACAGUGUCACAGCUGAGGACGCAAUCAAAGGUCUAAUGCUGAACAUUUCCAAGUCAUCUGUUUGCACCAAGGAAGCAGUUACCUUUAUUCCAACAAUCUCCAAAGGAAGCAAUGUAAGCUUUGUUAUAACAUUUAGGAACAAAGACUGGAUUCAUAGUCAGGGUAUUCUGGAAGGGCGGUUCACCACAUCAAGCCUUCCAGCAGGGACGCAUCUAGUUACAGUGAAGGCUUGGAACCAGGUCGGUAGCGUCGAGGUGUCUUCAGACAUUCUGGUUACUGAGCAUAUUCAAGGUUUGCGACUUGUGCAUUGUUGUUUGGCUACUCUAGAGGCUCUGAAAGCGAUCCAGUUCAAGGCAGAAGUUGAAAGUGGACUUCCAGUCAAAUGCACUUGGAUGUUUCAGUUGAAGGGGUUUGAGCCCACAUGGCUCAUGGGACAAGAAGUGCUCUUUACCCCACCAGAGAGUGGUUCAUUGUCUGUUAGUGUGCUCGCCACCAAUGGAAUCUGCUCCAAGACGGUAAAUGAUACUGCCACGGUUCAGUGGCCUGUGAAGAAAGUCAAGCUUGUCUGUCAUUCAGGACGCAUAUUCAUUGGACAUGCUGUCAGGUUUUCUGCAAAAGUGAUUAGAGGGAGCAAUCCCAGAUUCCACUGGGACUUUGGAGACUCAACUGAGGCACUGACGACAGAUUUAAGCACAGUCAAUCAUACUUAUCAUACUCCUGGGAAAUAUAGUGUGAUGGUCAAAGUUCUCAACAGUGUCAGCCAAGUGUCUACACAGCUACACGUGGAGGUGGAGGAGCUCCAAUGUUCAACCCCCCAAGCUUCUCUUGUCCAGAGCCAGUCUACGAUCUUCAGGUCUAGACCAAGUUUCUUUGAAGCAAGCGUGGACAUUAACUGCUCUGCCUACAAAGCCACAUACCUAUGGGAGAUACUCAAAGAGUCAGAUUGUACCAACUUCCCUGAUGACAAAGUUAGUCCUAGAAAUCAGGAAGAUGCAUCUUCACCUCUUCUCUUACUCCCGAAGCAUACUCUCGAUAUAGGACAGCAUUGCUUGGUAUUCACCAUUUCACUUGAGGGAACUCCUCUACUUGUCCAACAAAAAACUAGUGUUACAGUGGUCCACUCUCCACUGGUAGCUGUCAUUAAGGGAGGAUCACACAGACUGUGGCCCAGCCUCAGUGACCUCGUCCUGGACGGAUCUGAAUCUCAAGACCCUGAUGUAGAACCAGGAGUCGAUGAUGCACUGCAGUACCAUUGGACCUUCAUGACAGUGGUGACAGUGUGUGAAGCUCCUGUGCUUCCUGUGAUUGUGGAGUGUGUUUCCUGCUCUGUCCUGUCCUCCCCUCACCACAUUAGUUACAGCAGCCCCAUCAUCCUCUCAGGACAAUGUGGACAGUGUGAUGACAGUGCUCAGUACAAAUGGAGUGCUGAGGACCAGACUGGCAGGACCCUUGACCUUGACAAAGUUGCCACCUCUACAGGGAGACAUGCUCCUAACUUGGUGGUGCGUUCAGGUGUCCUGCAGCCAGUACACAGGUAUACCUUCACUCUUAAUGUAUCCCAGCCCAACAGAGGGCAGUGGGGCAGCGCAGGCCUGACGAUACUACCUAACAAUCCGCCACACGGAGGUCUGUGUGAUCUCAGUCCAGAGUCAGAUAUACAUCUGAUGGAGACGGUGGUCACCUUCAACUGCUCAGGGUGGAAAUAUGAUGAUAGCAGGGCCUCUCAGCUGAUCUAUACCUUCCAAGUAGCACCAUGCCAGCCCACUGGUACAAAGUGCCCACUGCUCACUCUGUACAGGGGUACUCGUUCAACAUUUGGCAGCGUGGUUCCCGUGGGAAGUCCUGGGCAAGAAAGAAGCACAUCAGUUAUCACAGUUACAUUGCUGGUAGAGGACCAUGUAGGGGCAAAGGUCAUUGCUCUGAACAGAACGCUGGCAGUUGAAACUCCUGUAAGGGACGAAGUUGCCAGACAGUGGCUCAGAAACAAAAGCCAGACAGAGCUGUGGGCUUUGGUCCAACAUGGCAACCCUCAAGAGAUUAUUCCUUAUUCCAUUGCCCUCACCAGCCAACUCAAUCAGAUGGAGUCUGGACGGACUGCCAGGGAGCUCAUGGACAGGAGGGAGAUUCGGGAAAAUGUGACCCAAGCCCUGGCUUCUCUCCCUGUGUCCUCCUUGCUUGAUGUUGAUCAGAUCAGCUCAGCACUGUCACAGUCCACUGCUGUUCCAAGUGAAUUGUUAUGUGAAAAGUGCCAGGAGAAGGUUCUGGAAGCUGUGGGGAAGAUGAUCCAUGUCAUGGAGGAACAGAUGAGUCCUGGUGUUCUGUCAGCUGUGGAAACAGGACAGAACAUCCUUAAUAUCAUAGGUAGCACCCUGGCAGCUGUAUCUGAGUCUGCUUCCAGUUCUCACCCAGUCUACUCAAGCACUCUGCAGUCAGCUUCCGCAAUCGCCCUGUCAGCGCUGGGUCACGCAAGGGCCCUAAUGCUCUCUCUGAUGCAUUCACGUGUUCGUGGAGAGAUGCCCCUUUCGCUCUCCACCGAUUAUGUCAGCACAGUUGGUUACCACGGAGACCCUUCCGACCUCCUCUGCACUCACCAGUCCAACCAAAACCAGAUCAUUCCCUCUCAGUCAGUUGACGAAUCCAAGAGUUCUCGCUCAUGUCAGUUUCAUAUCCCCACCUCCCUCACUGCUCACCUGAAGAGUCAGAAGUCUGAGGUGGUGCAGCUGCUGUUUGAUAUGGAUGCAGAGUUGGGAUCCAACCCGUUGCUAACUGCAGCCGACCCUCCAAUCUCCACUGCUCUGGUGGCCAUGGAGCUCACCACACCUCAGGGCCAACCCAUACCCAUCCAGGAUCUAGACCCUGAACAGGCCAUACGGGUUACUCUGCCCAACAAAUACCCUGUGGGACAGGACACUGGGGGUGGAGAUGGGAGGGUAGGUGAAGCUGGGAAUGGGACAUGUCUUACUGUGAUGCUCCCCAGUGAAGGACGGUUGAACCUCACAGUCAAAGCUGUGGAUGGACUGGAUGAAAACGCAGGUUUAUAUAUAGUCUUCAACUUCAGCUUGGACCCAGGAGCUACUCCAGUGAGUCUGGGACAUGUCAAGAUAGAAGUGAGUUCUACGGUGCCAGGGACUAAUGCAUCCCAGGAUUCCCUAGUGAGAGAGUGGGCUCUCACCCUCUCUGCUCCGACCACCUCCACAGAGGAAACCAUAUUUCUGUCUCCACUCUCUCUGUGCCAGUACUACAGUGUGAAGGAGAGGCGUUGGAGCAGUGAGGGACUACAGCCACUGGAGGGCAGCACACUCCAUGCAGCACACUGUCUCACCCAGCACCUCACCAUGUUUGGGGCCAGUUUGUUUGUUCACCCUGGGGUCGUUGUUCUGUUGCCACCGCCAGGCGGUCCCAUGCGUAACAUGGUGGUGGGGAUCGUGUGUGCUGUCCUGGUUCUGAUUCACCUGCUGGUGGGACUCAUUGCCCAUAAACUGGACCAUUUGGAGAGCUUAAGACUGAGCCAGGUCCCUCUGUGUGGCAGACCAGGGCUGUACCACUACAGAGUGCUGGUCAAGACCGGCUGGAGGCGGGGAGCAGGUACCACAGCACAUGUUGGCAUCAGCCUGUAUGGAGUGAACAAGAGUGGCUCUCGCCAUCUGCAGAGGGAUGGAGCAUUUCAGCGUGGUAGUCUGGACCAGUUUCACCUGGAGACGGAUGAAAACCUGGGAGAAGUUUGGAAAAUUCGAAUCUGGCAUGAUAACACAGGUCUGGACCCAUCCUGGUACGUUCAGCAUGUGGUGGUUUGGGACCCUCAGACUGACCACAUGUUCUUCUUCCUGCUUGAGGACUGGCUCUCUGUGGAGAAUCACAAGAACGGCUCAGUGGAGAAGGAAGUUCUUGCAUCAUGUCCAGAGGAACUUUCUCUGUUCCGACGGGUCUUCACCUCCCAGCUGACGUUUGGGAUGGUUGAGCACCACCUGUGGCUGUCGCUGUGGCAACACCCUGCUCACAGCCGUUUCACCAGGGGUCAGAGGGUUACAUGCAGUGCUCUCAUGUUGCACCUCUACCUGGCACUGGGGGCUCUGUGGUAUGGAGCUGUUGGCACAGAGGGGCACAGUGGACCAAUCUCCGCACAGCUGCUGGUUAACGUGGAGGUGGUUGCCGUAGGAAUGACUGUUGCGUUACUGGUGUUUCCUCUCCAGUGUUUACUUUGUUUCCUCUUCAGAAAAGCUCGCAGUCAGGUAACCGUGGACAUGUCAGUUCCUCCCUCUCCUGUUUGUCACUCUGUGGAGAUGGAUGUCUACCUCGGCCAAUCUGAGUUCUCUGGCCCUUCCUUCCUGUCUCUCCCAGACUCCUCCGGACCAGUCCGAGACAGUCCCUCAUCUUUACUGGACAGCAAAGCGUUUGACUCCAGUAUUCUGGACUUUUGGGCUGCGUCUGGCUUGGCGCCCAAGACAGACAGACCAUAUCAAGAGGAGGGCAUAGGGACAUGGCCAUCCUGCGAUAGCCUCCUCAAUCUACCUGUAGGCCUCACCAAGACAACUCCAGCCCCCAACCUCCGCAAGGCAUCUCCUACUCUGGGCCCUACGCGCCAGCUGAGGAGAAAAAAGGCCCUGAUGCAGCUCCGCCUGGCCUCACCCUCCUCCACUGACUCACCCUCUGCUCUUUCCUCUCCCUUUUGCACCUAUCCCCUUUCAAGAGACAUUUCCAGUUCUCAUCAGUCCCCUGCUUCACUUGACAAAAUGGUCUCCACCAUGAACACCAACUUAGUGCAAGCUAAUAAGCACAAUCUGACUACGCUUCUGACUCUGUCUGAGGAGGAUCUGCUGAUGUCUAUAGCAGCAGCAGCAGAGGACACAGCAGAUAUAACUAACAGCAACUCAGACAGCGGCCGGGAUUCCCCUCGAACCACCUCCUCGCUCUCAACCACCCCGAGCACCUCCUGCAGCAGCUGGUCAGAGCAGAGUGAGGAGAAGUCUCUGUACGGUGCAGAGAUCCACAGGCUCAAUCCACAGUCCUGUCCCUCCCUGUAUGGGACAAGACUCUACAAAUGUCCGUCUGUGCUUUCUGUAGACUCUGUGGCCAGCACCUUCCUGCCGACCCCUUCUCCUGACUCCACACGCUCCUCCUCCACCACACGAAUAGGCGUUGCUCGAGGUCAGCCCAGCUGGCUGCUCCCUCCCUGGGCACUGUGUGUGAUUUACCCCUUGGUGGCUGUGCUGCUAGGGGCAUGCCUGGCCGUGGUGGGACUCUACGGCAGCUUCCUGUCCAGAACAGUAGUCCUCAUGUGGCUGGUAUCAGCUCUCUCUGCUUUUCUAACCUCUGCUCUGCUGCUGGAACCUCUCAAGGUGUGUGUGCAGGCCUUGAUCUGCACGGCACUGUGGAGGCCUGUGGAUCCAGAGGUGGAGGACCAGCUGGUUCAGGAGACCACUGUGGUGAGGGGAUUCGGAGAGCAUGGCGGGAAGGUCCGGCCACCAUGUGGCUACGGGCUGCUGCAGGCUAAAGAGGAGGCCCGCAAAGUCCGAGCACUACGUUCACUAAUGAGACACUGUGUCUGCCAGCUGUUAUUUCUGUUGCUGGUGCUGAUGGUGAACUACCAGGACAGCGUAGAGCAGAGGCAAGGCAGGCUGCUGCACUCCACUGUCAGGCACCAUCUUCAUAGAGCACCCUUGGGAGUCCCUAACCUCACCUCACUCAGGAGCUGGUCAGAUGCAGAGCAGUGGAUCAACCACACCUUGGUGCCACUCCUACACCAAAACCCAACACUGCGCCUUGUUGCAUCCCCGCGGCUGCAGUACACACACACUCUCAGUCCUCCAACAAGUGUCUUGUUAGGAAACAGCAGCGUAACCACACACCAGCUCCUAGCUGACUUGCACAUGGCAGACUGGAGCAAGAAACAGUGUCAGACCCUUUCUAUAGACUUCACACACUACCACAGAGAGUCUGGUUUAUUUGUGUGUGUGUCCAUACAACUAGAGUGGGCUCAGGCACAGAGAGUCACCCCCUUUCUCUCCAUCCAUCCGCUCCUCAUCCCUUCAUCCUUCUCUGGACUGGACCUGCAGGUGGCACUCACGGUUGUCCUUCUCAUCUCUGCUCUCCUCAUACUGUUCGGAGAGCUGUGGUCUAUGGCUACUGAGUGUGCCCAGUAUUUGCUUCAGUGCAGGCACUGGGUCCAGAUUCUGCUGGCGAUGUUGUCCCUGGCAACGGCUAUCCUGCAAUUCUGCUUCCUGUCUGAGGCCACUCUCUGUGUUUCCAAGUCCAUAUUUGACCAAUUAGUGGGUGUCUCAGCUGCUGGGAACCUUGAGGUUUGUGCGGAGGUGGGUGGUGUUAGGCAGAGUGCUGCAGAGAGCCUGGAGGGAGCUGUGGGCUCUGACUGUCCUGCUGCUGUUGCUGCUGCUGCUCUGCACUCACCUUGGAAACACGUGGAAGGUUUCUUGUCAGUACAUCAGACAGGUGUCUCUGUGCUGUCCAUCCUGCGUGGCCGGAUGGCUCUUCAAAGACUAUGCAGGGUCCACCCAGUCCUGGGCCCUCUAUAUGGGCUUCUGCUGAUGGGGGGAGGUGUUUGGCUCUUGGCCAGACUCUGUGGAGCUGUUCUCAUCCAUACAUACAGGACAGAGCAGGCUGAGCUGUACCGUCCAACCAUCGAACCUCAGGACUAUGAGAUGGUUGAGUUCUUUGUCAAGAGACUUAAACUGUGGAUGGGACUCACCAAAGCUAAAGAGUUCAGGCACAGGGUGAAGUUUGAAGGUAUGGACAUCCCUCCUUCCAGGUCCUCACAGGAAUCCCGUCUCUCCACCCGAUCUUCCACCCUCCCCUCUUCACGCUCUCCUUCCCUGUCCUCUUCAUUUUCAUCCCCCUGUCCCCUGUCCUCGGCUCUCUCAAUGAGGUCUGAGGACUCAUCAGUGUCUGAGCCAGGGUUCGAUGUCCAGCCUUACCUGGACCGCCUGCUGCCCUGCGUCAGUGCGCUGCUAUCUCGUUUUGAUCAGGUCAAUCAGAUAACUGAGGAUGUUCACAACCUGGAAAUGAAACUAGAAGAGGCUCAGACAAGAAGGAGAAAGAGGUGGAUCAGUAAUGAGGACAAAGGUGUAGAAAGAUUCGGAGAGUCAGCAAAGCCAAAUGAACUGGAAGGAGAAGGAAGGGAAACAGGAGAAGUAAGACUCAGGAGGACAGGUCUUAUUCACCCCAAGCCACAAGUAUCCCUUCCGUCCUCAUUCUCUUUCACUCCUGCCACAUUUCACUCCCCUGCUGCAUCAGUCUGCAUCUUUCCCCGUACACGUAGCACCAACUCUGAGUCUGACUCAGCAUCAUUCCAGCCUCAGGCAACUAGUGAAAACCAUACUUCUGAAACAGCCAGGUUUGCAUCUGGAAUUGGUGGUUUGUAUCCUCCUGGAUAUGAUGGGUUUCCCAGGAGAAGAGCUUGGCAUUCUGGGAGCUCGCAUUCAGCUGAUGCAGCUCAGAGGAUCUUCCAGGCCCAAGGUGGAGAUGCUCCAUGUGGCAAAGGAGUAGAAUAUCUAGCAUUCACUAACACCAGACCCAGAAGUGAAGAAGUGGUAAGGUGGCAAAUCAGUGACGGGGUCCCUGUGAAGAGGAAGGCUUGGACUGAGCAAGACUGA